AUGACCAACGCAGACGAGGCAGUCAGGCACCAGGCUGUCGUGCCGGACAAGCUCCCCACCGGAGAGUACCCUCUCAUCGACAAUGACCCACACCUUAGCCGCGUUUUGCGGUACACCCGCCCCUCCGACUGGGCCUACGGUGCCGCCCUCGGAAGUUUGAGCCCUGGAUUGAUGCUUUACUGGGAGAAGGUGUCGCCCUCCAUGGUCGGCAAGGGUGGUUUCGCCCCCGUCUUGCGAUUGACCGGCGCUGUUGGAGUGGCUGGAUGCUUUAUGUUCGCCUAUUCGAGGUCAUGCAUGCGUUUCUACGGUGCGCGUGAGAAUCGGCGCGAGGUGGAGAUGGACAUGCGCGAAAUGGUCGACAAGGUCAAGAAGGGCGAGCCGCUGUAUGGAAAGUCGGAAAUGAGCGAGUACAUGCAGGGAGUCGCUCACCGAAACUCGCGCUUUGCCGCUACAUUUGGUCACGUUCUCCCAUGGCCAAACCUCGUCAACCACCCCUACCAUGGUGUUGACACCGCAAAGUACUACCGACAGGCUGAGUUGGAACUUGAGCAGGAGAGGCUCGCCCGCGAAGGUCGGUAG